UCUUUUAUCCUCCACUCUACGCCACCCCACACCAUUUUAUCUCUCUCCUCUGCCAACUUCCUCAUUCUCUCUCUCUCAUGGCUACUCUCUCAGUAGCCAAUGCCUCAGUCCAGGCAUCAAAGGGUUUUUCGGAAUUCUCGGGUUUGAGGAGCUCAGCUUCGAUCCCUUUUUCGAGGAAGCCAUCAGAAGAUUUUCUGUCUGUUGUAGCGUUUCAGACCUCUGUAGUGUGGGGGAGUGGGUACAAGAGAGGAGUUGUUGAGGCCAAGAUUAAGGUUGCCAUCAAUGGAUUUGGAAGGAUUGGGAGGAACUUUUUGAGGUGUUGGCAUGGAAGAAAGGACUCACCGUUGGAUGUGAUAGCCAUCAAUGACACUGGUGGUGUGAAGCAGGCAUCUCACCUCCUCAAAUAUGACUCGACUCUCGGGAUCUUCGAUGCCGACGUGAAGGUCGCCGGAGUUGAUGCCAUCUCCGUUGACGGGAAAGUCAUCAGGGUGGUGUCCAACCGGAACCCCGUCAACCUCCCAUGGAAGGAUCUAGGGAUCGAUCUCGUGAUCGAGGGUACCGGUGUCUUUGUGGACAAGGAGGGAGCCGGAAAACACAUUCAGGCUGGGGCAAAGAAGGUAUUGAUUACGGCACCUGGUAAGGGCGACAUCCCAACGUAUGUAGUUGGAGUGAACGCUGAUGCUUACAAUCCCUCGGAACCCAUCAUCAGCAACGCCUCAUGCACUACUAACUGCCUGGCCCCUUUUGUCAAGGUUCUCGACCAAAAAUUUGGUAUCAUCAAGGGAACCAUGACCACCACCCACUCCUACACAGGUGACCAGAGACUUCUCGAUGCGAGCCACAGGGACCUCAGACGUGCCCGGGCUGCCGCCCUCAACAUCGUUCCCACCUCCACCGGGGCCGCCAAAGCUGUGGCCCUCGUCCUACCGACCCUAAAGGGCAAACUCAACGGCAUUGCCCUCAGGGUACCAACCCCCAAUGUCUCAGUGGUCGACUUAGUCGUGCAGGUUGAGAAGAAAACCUUCGCAGAGGAAGUGAACGCGGCUUUCAGAGAGAGUGCGGAUAAAGAACUCCAGGGGAUUCUCUCGGUCUGUGACGAGCCUCUCGUGUCUGUCGAUUUUCGGUGCUCUGAUGUCUCCUCCACGGUUGAUUCUUCACUUACUAUGGUCAUGGGCGACGACAUGGUUAAGGUCAUUGCUUGGUAUGACAACGAGUGGGGCUACUCCCAGCGUGUCGUCGACUUGGCCCACAUCGUGGCGAACCAGUGGGUGUAAUCUCUCUCUCUCUCGCUUUCUCUCUCUCAUUGUGUUAAUUCAACAAGCCUAAUUUUGUCUCCUUUUAUUGG